UACAAGCGCUAGGGUAUAGCAAGGUAGCAAAUGUGCAUGAACGACCCACUCCAUACCGGCACUAAAAUUCACCGGGGGAACUCGCCCACAUGGCCAUGUAUCGUGUGUGGGUUGCAUGAGGGGUGAUCCAUGGUCGUUCCAAACCAUCCUACGUGCAUGCAUUCGUCCGUCCGUCCAACUAGAUGUGGAUGAACUACAACCAUUGGGCAUAGAGCCCUCUUAAUUCUCAAGCCACUUCAUUCAGCUUAGAAAUCAACGGGCGUGACUUUGUUCCUGUUGUUUCAAUUUCGUGCACAGCUACGCUGCUUACAAGAAUAGUGUUUGGGUUUAGAUCCAGUAAUGUAAUAACUAGUACUAAGAGAAUGGGUCAAUUUUUGUCAUGAAGCAAUUGAACAAGUGGUGCACAGUGAAUACACGGAUCCGGUUUUCAUUCUUAAACUGAAGCGACCACAUUGUCUGGGCAAUACUGAGUAAAGUGCAAAAAUGUCGACGGAUUUCGAUGAUCCGUCCUCCUUUAAGGCCGUCUCUGAAGGCGAUCCAUGCCUUUACCUGGGUCUGGAUUUUUCCACUCAACAGGUCAAGGCUUUGGUGAUGGAUGACAAAUGUCGAGUGAUUGCCGAGGAAUAUGUUCAAUACGACGCGGAACUCCCCGAAUAUCGGACUCAUGGCGGGGUCCUUGUGUCUGGUAAUCGUGUGACCUCUCCCGCCAUAAUGUGGGUUAAAGCCCUGGACAUGGUCAUGGAGAAGAUCCGAAUUUCUGGGAUCGAUUUUGGUCAGAUUGCGGCAUUAUCCGGUUGUGGCCAGCAACACGGAAGUGUUUAUUGGCGCCAAGGAAUCCACGAUAUCUUCCAAGGGCUGAAUCCGGAUAAGUUCCUCCACGAUGAGUUAGCGCAUGCGUUUUCGAUUCUGGAUUCCCCCGUUUGGAUGGAUUCUUCAACCACCGAAGAAUGCCGGAUUUUAGAAGAGCUUUUAGGAGGCCCACAGGCCUUAGCGGAAAUCACGGGUUCUAGGGCCUUCGAGCGAUUUACCGGGAGUCAAAUAUCGAAAAUGUUUAAAGAGCGUCAUGAAGCUUAUACUCAUACGGAGAGGAUAUCUCUUGUAAGCUCGUUCGCUUGUUCCUUAUUCUUGGGGGAUACUGCACCGAUUGAGGUGUCCGAUGCUGGAGGCAUGAAUUUGUUGGAUCUGAAAUCCAAGGAUUGGUGCCAAGAUUGCUUAGAUGCGUGCGGGUCCGGAUUACGAGAGAAAUUAGGUCAACCAAUAUGGGGCUUUAGUCCCGUGGGCACUAUUUCCAAUUACAUGGUCGAGCGCUAUGGGUUUGAAUCCACAUGCCAAGUGCUUCCAUUCACAGGUGAUAACCAGAGCGCAUUGGCUGGACUUCGAAUGGGACCAGGGGAUAUUGGCAUCAGCUUAGGCACUUCUGAUACGCUGUUCAUUUGGCUUGGACCAGAGGAUGCUCAGCCACAACUCAGCGGCCAUGUUUGGCCAAAUCCUGUCGACCAGCAAGCUUUCAUGGCUCUAUUGUGCUACAAGAAUGGUUCUUUGACUCGAGAGCGUUUGUGUCAGUCAACGGCCGAGGGAUCAUGGGAUCUAUUUAAUCAACUUCUGGAUAGCACUCCACGAGGAAACUUUGGAAAUAUAGGCAUGUAUUAUGAUUUCCCGGAGAUUACUCCAUCGGGUGUUCAAGGAGACUUUCGAUUCAGUAAAAAUGACGAAAGAGUCUCCAGGUUCGCCAGCAAAGAGGCCGAGGUUCGAGCCUUACUUGAGGGUCAAUUUAUGGCGAAAAGAAUUCACGCUGAACGGAUGGGAUUCACUAUUGAUACGGACACACGAAUACUCGUAUGUGGUGGUGCUUCAGUCAACUCGGCCAUUCUUCAGAUCAUUUCGGAUGUUUUUCAGGCUCCGGUACUCACUCUCGAGGAACCCAGAGUAGGGGCCAAUUCAGCAGCCUUGGGUGGAGCACUGCGAGCUCGUUAUUUCGUGAAAACUCUUCAAGGUGGCAAGAGGGCCACAACCUCACUGACAACAGUACCACAUUCAGCUCCACUUGAUGACCAGCCUCAAGAGGAUCCUGGCCCCAAGAAGGUGCUCCAAGACAGCAGCUCCCAAGACAAGGACGGGAAAGCUUCACCAGCCACCAUCCAGGACCAGCAACGAGUGGGCGGCGGCACCCAUGAAGCUGAACAGGAGGAACAGGACAGGGCCGAGAAUCAAAGGAAGUUCCGAUGCGAAGGAGAUGAAAUAGGAGAAGGCAACAAUGAAGAUCAAGUCAGAACGAAGGGGAACGAUGGGGAAACUCGCACCUCCGCUACCUCGAAUUGGUCGGAAAUGACCCAAGGAGAUAAAGGAGGAGAGCUCUGUGGAUCAGGGCUCUCUUUCACAGAGGUUUCGAGUCCCGCUGUCAAAUAUAUACUGGCCUGCUCACCGCAUAAAGAUGCAGCAUCGAUUUACAAACCUCUUCUAGAGCGGUUCAGAAACUUGGAACAAAGAAUUAUUGGAAUGGGAUCCAAGGUCGCGUAAAAGGAAAAUGACCUGGAUAUGAAAUCAGCAGGAUAUGUUUUCUUUUCACAAAAGGCUUGGCUUUCAGCCAUACCCUUACGGAAUAGAACGAUUGGUUAUAUUUUUAAGUGAAAAUGCAAUGAUAAAAGUGA